GGUGGUUGGGUUGGGGGAUUGGGUAGGGGGGGUAACAACAUAUAUACCUGUAUAUAUAUAUAUAUCCUGUGUAAAGUUCUAUAGAUUUGGGGCCAGGACAGGGCAGGGGACAGUGUGGUUGGAUGUGGGGAGGAGGGGGGGAGAGGNAAAAAAUACAUAUAUAUCCUGUGUCAAGUUUUACCCUUGAAUAAUCGGGAUCUCACUCACCAUGUCCUCGCUGCUGAGAUGGGGAUCUGCUUGUCUGAGGUAUAGACAUGUGUUCCUCCAGCGCUUACACAGGAGCGUGGGAACCUGGAAAACGGCGCCUGGCGGCUCUCCCUUCAACCUGACAGCUUACAUGCCCGAAUCCGCCAGCUUCCCUGACGCCGGGGACCACAGGGGCCUGUACCAGCUGUCGGUAGAGCAGCCUGAGCGCUUUUGGGGCGCUCUGGGCAAGGAGCGCCUCUCCUGGAUCUCUCCCUUUCACACUGUGAGAGACUGUGAUCUGAGCAGGGGCAGGAUCCGAUGGUUCGAUGGGGGCAAACUCAAUGUCUCUGUCAACUGCCUCGAUCGUCAUGUCCACACAUGUCCGGACAGAGUGGCUCUAAUCUGGGAACAGGAUGAGCCUGGGACUCAGGUGAAGAUUACGUACAGGCAGCUGCUGGAAGUGACCUGCCGCUUGGCCAACACCCUGAAGAGGCGAGGGGUCCGCAGAGGAGACCGAGUGACCCUCUACCUGCCCGCCUCGCCCAUCGCAGUGGCCUCCAUGCUGGCUUGUGCCCGUAUCGGCGCCGUGCACACGGUCGUGUUUGCCGGCUUCAGCGCGGAUGCUUUGGCAAACAGGAUCCAGGACGCGCAAUCUGAGACUGUCAUCACUGUCAACCAGGCCCUGAGGGGCGGGCGGGUCAUCGAGCUGAAGAAGACAGUGGACGAAGCUGUCAAGUCCUGUCCCAGCAUCAAGCAAGUCCUGGUGGCCACGAGGACGGAGAACAAGGUCCCCAUGUCGGAUAUCGAUGUUCCCCUGGAGGAGGAAAUGAUGAGAGAGGAAGCGGUGUGCGAGCCCGUUGCUAUGGAGAGUGAGGACCUGCUGUUCCUGCUGUACACCUCAGGAAGCACCGGGAAGCCAAAGGGGUUGGUGCACACUCAGGCUGGCUACCUGCUGUACGCGGCACUCACACACAGGUACGUGUUUGAUUACCACGAUGGUGACGUCUUUGGCUGUGUUGCAGACAUUGGCUGGAUUACUGGGCACAGUUACGUGGUGUAUGGACCUCUCUGCAAUGGAGGGACCACAGUGCUCUUUGAGAGCACACCUGUCUACCCCAAUGCAGGUCGCUACUGGGAGAUGGUUGAAAGGUUAAAGAUCAACCAGUUCUACGGGUCUCCCACUGCCAUUCGCCUUCUGCUGAAAUAUGGGGACAAAUGGGUCAAAUGUCACGACCGAUCCUCACUGAAAACACUGGGCUCAGUCGGAGAACCCCUGAACUCUGAGGCCUGGGAGUGGUAUUAUAAAGUGGUUGGGGACGGCAGAUGCCCCGUGGUGGAUACCUGGUGGCAGACAGAGACGGGCGGGGUAUGCAUUGCUCCACGCCCCGCAGAGAGUGGAGCAGAGAUCAUCCCGGCCAUGGCUAUGAGGCCAUUCUUCGGCAUAAUGCCUGUCCUCAUGGAUGAGAAGGGGAGGAGAUCAGCACAGAACAACAUGUCAGGGCCUCUCUGCAUCGCUCAGCCAUGGCCCGGAAUGGCACGAACAAUCUACAACGACCAUGAGAGAUUUGUGGACACAUACUUCAGACCCUACCCCAAUCAUUUUUUCACGGGAGACGGAGCAUACAGAACCAAACAGGGAUAUUACCAGAUCACUGGGCGCCUAGACGAUGUCAUUAACAUCAGUGGGCACCGGCUUGGGACAGCAGAGAUCGAGGACGCUGUGAAUCAGCACCAAGUUGUAGCUGAGUCUGCAGUGAUUGGAUGCGCCCAUGAGGUAAAGGGAGAAGGAUCCUAUGUCUUUGUCGUGCUGAAGGAUGGGACUGACAUCUCGGAGGAUGUUAUUAGUGAGGAACUGAAGGAAAUUGUGUCCCGGAAGAUUGCCAAGUACGCAGCUCCCGAUUAUAUCCAGGUUGUGAAGAGGCUCCCGAAGACUCGGUCCGGGAAGAUAAUGCGCCGCAUCCUGAGGAGCAUUGUUCAGAACAAGAGACACGAACUUGGGGACCUGACAACCCUGGACGACCACACUGCAGUGGAGGAAAUAGUGGACGGGCACAAGAAAAUACUGGAGGAGCCCAGAAAGUGACAGGAUGGUAAACAGGCCACAUUUUGAAACAGGACUGAUUUUCAUUCCCAAAACAAUAUUGAAGCGUGAUUUUGAUGUGAAAUCAGUCCAAGUUCCCGUCAAAAUUGCGAACCAGACUCAGACCGGAGCUCGAAUGAGAACGGACAUGUCUUCCCUCCUAUGCUGCUGUUGGCUGCUGCGGGAUGGUGGGGAAGUCAUCUCAUGGUCUUGGAAGACUCCCAACACAGGAGGUUCUUUAAGGGUUUCACCAAAUAUUGGUGUGUUAUGUGAACAAUUCUCUUCAGGAAGAAUGUGCAGGUGGAGGGAAAUGAAAUUGCUUUGGGUUUUUGGGUGUUCAGUCGGGAAACCCAUCACCAUGCUUAAGAGUCUCCAAACUAAAUUAAUGAGAGUUAGUUCCGCAUAGCUGGUUAUCCCGACAUGCAUACGAGUUCUUAUAUUGGUAAUGCGCUUGUGUGUGAAUCUAUCCUUCGGACAAAACCAGUCCUCGUUGGGUUGUAUAUCCAGCUCCCACCUAUAACUUUAAACUUAAACUGUGUUUUUCUCGUAAUAUACAAAAUGUAAAUUAAUAUCUAUGAAAGUUUCUAUUGGGUGCAAGUGAUCCAUGUCUCUCCCUGAACAUCUGUAAACCGAGCAGGUUUGUUCCUUGCUGCAAAUAAACAGUAUUUUUUUUGAAGUUA